GUCUCUCCUUUUUGCCGGAGAAACCAACAAAAAGGGAGACAAAACAACCCACAUGUAGGCAAAUCCAUAUAAAAACAAAUCAUAAAAGAUAUGGCAGGUGGUGGAUUUUCAGAUGCAGGUGCUCUCAAAAGAGCUCAUCUUUAUGAAUACAAGAUUACAGGAUACUUCAUCUUUUCUUGCAUUGUUGGUGCUCUUGGGGGCUCUCUUUUUGGUUAUGAUCUUGGUGUUUCAGGUGGAGUUACAUCCAUGGAUGAUUUCUUGAUUGAAUUCUUCCCUCAUGUUUAUGAAAGGAAACAUGCACACAUGGCAGAAACUGAUUAUUGUAAAUAUGAUGAUCAAAUGUUGACACUUUUUACAUCGUCUUUGUAUUUUGCUGCCUUGAUAUCCACGUUUGGUGCUUCAUCUGUAACAAAAAACAAAGGAAGGAGAGCCAGUAUUAUUUUUGGUUCUAUUAGCUUUUUCAUUGGAGCUGUCAUGAAUGCUGCGGCUGUUAACAUUACUAUGUUGCUCCUUGGACGCAUUUUUCUCGGUAUUGGAAUUGGAUUUGGUAAUCAGGCUGUUCCUUUAUAUCUGUCAGAAAUGGCUCCAGCAAAAGUGAGAGGAGCAGUGAACCAACUAUUUCAAUUGACAACAUGUUUGGGAAUAUUGAUUGCUAACUUGAUCAAUUAUGGAACUGAGAAAAUUCAUCCAUGGGGAUGGAGAUUAUCUCUUGGUUUAGCAGUAGUUCCAGCACUUGUUAUGUUUAUUGGUGGUUUAUUAUGUCCCGAGACACCGAACAGUCUUGUAGAACAAGGCAAAAUGGAAGAGGCAAGAAAGGUUUUGGAGAGAGUUAGAGGUACUCCUAAUGUUGAUGCUGAAUUUGAAGAUCUUGUUGAAGCAAGCAGAGAAGCACAAUCCAUCAAGAAUCCAUUUCAGAAUCUUCUUUUGAAAAAGAAUAGACCACAAUUUAUAAUUGGUGCAUUGGCUAUUCCUGCAUUCCAACAAUUGACAGGAAACAACUCUAUUCUCUUUUAUGCACCUGUCAUUUUCCAGACUCUUGGAUUCGGCUCUGCAGCAGCUCUUUAUUCUUCUACCAUUACUAGUGUUGCACUUGUUCUUGCCACUCUGAUCUCUAUGUUUUAUGUUGACAAGUUUGGUAGGAGAGUUUUCUUUUUAGAUGCUGGUGUUCAAAUGUUCUUGUGCAUGGUUGCUACAGCAGUAGUUUUGGCUCUUGAGUUUGGCAAAGGCAAACAACUAUCAUUUGGAGUUAGCAUCUUUCUAGUGAUUGUGAUAUUCCUAUUUGUGUUAGCAUAUGGAAGAUCAUGGGGACCCUUAGGAUGGUUGGUUCCAAGUGAGCUCUUCCCAUUAGAGAUAAGAUCAGCUGCACAAAGUGUUGUUGUGUGUGUCAACAUGAUCUUCACUGCCAUUGUUGCACAAUUCUUCCUCACAUCACUCUGCCACCUUAAAUAUGGAAUCUUCUUGCUCUUUGGAGGCUUGAUUGUUGUUAUGAGCUGUUUUGUGUUCUUUCUAUUACCUGAGACAAAGCAAGUUCCAAUUGAAGAAAUUCAUCUUCUCUUUGAGAAUCAUUGGUUCUGGAAGAAAAUUGUAGUUGAUGGAAAACAAGAGAGAAUAUCAAAUGAACAGGCUUAACACAUCAACAAAUUCAACCACAAAAUAUUUGUUGGCAUUUUGAGAAGGGAGAGUGAGAAGAUUUAAAAAUGUCAUACUUUUAUGUUUUGUGAAUAUUAUGUUUACAUGGAAUGGAAGUGGAAUAUAUUAUCCUUUUGAA